AUGCUGAAGGAACGGGACAGCUCCGAGGGGUCGCCGGGCGCGCCUGACGAAUGUGCAGGCUGCGGGGGGAGGAUCCAGGAUCGGUACUACCUCCUAGCUGUGGACAGGCAGUGGCACGGGUCCUGCCUGCGCUGCUGCGAGUGCCGGCUGCCCCUGGACGCGGAGCUGACCUGCUUCUACAGGGACGGCAACAUCUACUGCAAGGAAGAUUAUUACAGACUAUACUGCGUGAAGCGCUGCGCACGAUGCGGCAACGGGAUCACUGCCAACGAGCUCGUGAUGAGGGCCCGGGAGAUGGUCUACCACCUGACCUGCUUCACCUGCGUCUCCUGCGGGACCCUGCUCUCCAAGGGCGACGUGUUCGGGAUGAGAGACGGGCUGGUCUACUGCCGCCCGCAUUACGAUAGUGCCUGCCUUGAUGAUUACUGUGAUGAUGAUGUUAACACCAUUUAUAGAUGCCAAGAUUUACACAGCGAAGGUGAUUCCCCGUCGCAGUUCUACUCUGGAGGCUCCAGCUCCAAGGGGCGCCCCAGGAAGCGGAAGGUGGCCCAGGGCUCGCCCGAGGACAUGCAGGUGCAGACCAUGAGGAUGGCCAGCACUGCCCUGGAGAUCCUGCACCGCGGCGACCUAUCCUCCUCCAUGGAGUCCCUGGCCUACGACUCGUCCGUGGCGUCCCCCGGGAGCGUCUCCAGCCACACGCAGCGCACCAAGCGCAUGCGCACCAGCUUCAAGCACCACCAACUCCGCACCAUGAAGUCCUACUUCGCAAUCAACCAGAACCCUGACGCCAAGGACCUGAAGCAGCUGGCGCAUAAGACCGGCCUUUCUAAAAGAGUUUUACAAGUCUGGUUCCAAAACGCCCGAGCGAAAUGGAGGCGAAACAUCAUGAGGCAGGAAUCCAACGGCAACCCUGGACACUCCGGGAACGGAACCCUAGUCCCGGGGUCGGGGCCGCCCCCCGCCGUGGGGCCCAGCAUGAUGCUGACGGAAACGCUCCAACCCAUGGACGACAUGAGGGUCCACACUCCCCACCCCCACCCCAUGGUCUUCAACGAACUGUACUGA